AUGGACACCAGUAGAAGUUCGCAAAUUAAGAUAGCCAUAGAACGUAUAUCAGAGUCAGUGUUUUGGGGACUGUGUUGUAAAGUGGGGACCUCAAAACUGGUGGUCAUGAGGAGAGAUGUGAUGGACAUCGGGGAUAUUGUGGGAAAUCAAGUGAUAGGUAAAGAGUCCAGUGUGAUGGUGAGUGGAAGUCAGAGAGAAGGAUUCAGACUGAAAGGAUCAGAUGUAGACUAUAUGAGCUGGCCAAAUAAUCACCGUGUCAUCUGGGAAUUAUCUCAGUCUCAGUAUUACAACACACACAGACAAACACUGAUCCUCUGUGACUGUUCUGAGAGUCCACUAGGAUUCACUUUGUUAUGUUUACUGUCACCAAGCAUGUACAUAGCCAUCGAGAGAGCUUGUGUUAGAAUGUAUAAUAGAGAUUAUAUAUCUAGUUUUAAAUUAAGACAGCUCAUUUGUUCUGUAUCAAUAAGGACAUCAACUGAACAUGGACCCUGUGCCAAUAGAACAAUUGGCAAAACAGAAAUUGAUAAUGCCCUCUGUUUUGUUAGUGACUUUUGGCCUCCAUAUGCCUUCUCAUGGAUAAACAGAUGUCACUCAUGGCCCCAACCUCAUGUUGUUGAUGAUAUAGUAAAACAUAG